UUGUUUUUAUGUGGAACAUUUUUUUAGAACUCAUGAAUUGAAAAAAUAAAAUCAGUGUCACGUUGCAAAAUGACGUCAAAAACUCAUAUAUUACUUGAUGAAGAAUACGAAGACCAAAAAUCACACUUCAAACCUAGAUGGCCUAGACACAGCUUUGCUAGAAUAUUAAUACUUUCUGCAUUAGUUCUAAUAGCUCUUCUACUCACUGUCCUCUAUUAUGGAGAAUAUUUUCAAACAGAAGAAGUCCUUCACGGUACAAUGCACAUAAAUUCAGCUCAUACGGUUCUUAAGAGCUCAUCAAAAUUUGAAAAUAUUCCUUCAAGAAAACGUAUCAAAAAACAACUGAUCGAAGAACUAUUUCCCGAAGAAAUUGUCAAAAAAUGGAGUAAAUUUCAACAUCAUCGAUAUCAAAGAAUGCGUUUUAAACGUGAUCUUAUUUCUGACGAAAUGAUAGAUCCCAUGGAAUCAGAUUUCAAUGAACUUCGAAUCAAAAUUCGUGAUAAACGUACGAAAAUUGAACUUUCUAAAUUAGAAAAAGACUAUGCCAAAUGUAAGCAAGAAGCUCUUAGUCACAGUGAUUGUAUGGAUACUUUUAUAAAAAUGUAUAAAAUAGCUAAAGAUAUUAGCGAGAAAAUGGAAAAAAUGAAACAGAUAUUUCGAGAUAGUGAAAUUCAUUUGCAUGCAAAUUCGAUGUCUUCUUCGAUGGAGAAAUAUUUAGAUAAGAAAAAAGCUUUAAAACCUAAGGAAAAAGUAAAAGAAGAAGAAGUAUUGUACAAAACAACCGAAAAAACUAAGCAAAAACUGAAGAAGUUGAUACAAGACGAUGCUGACGAACUAAUACCUUCAGAUGAUGUUUGGGUCGAAGAGGAUAAACUUCCACUUCCGGGGUUCGAAGUAUUGAAGCAAACAACUGAAAAAGUCAAACCUGGACUAAAAAAACUGAUACAAGGUGAUGACGAAGAACUCGAAGAAGAUAAACUUCCAGACACCGCCGCCGUAGAAGCUUUGGACCCAACAACAGAAUCACCAAAACAAGGACUGAAGAAAUUGGUUCAAGACACAGAAGAUGAGCUAAUACCUUCGGAUAAUGUUUGGAUCAAGGAUGAUCAACUUCCAGUAUCCAAGGUAGAAAUACAGGAUCCAACAACAGAAUCAGCGAAACCGGGACUGAAAAAAUUGGUACCAGACGGUGAAGAUGAGCUAAUACCAUCGGAUGAUGUUUGGGUCAAGGAUGAUAAACUGCCAGUUACUGUGGUAGAAGUAUUGAACGAAACAACAGAAUCAACGAAACAGGGACUGAAGAAACUGGUACCAGACGGUAAUGAUGAGUUAAUACCAUCGGAUGAUGUUUGGAUCAAGGAUGAUAAACUUCCUGUCACUGGGGAAGAAAUAUUGGACCCAACCACAGAAUCAUCAAAACACGGUCUGAGGAAAUUGGUACUAGAUGAUGGACGUAUACUAUGGGUUAAGAAAGGUACACUCCCAAGUUUAGAUAAGAAACCAGUUUUUCCAGUGACUUUGAACACAUCAAUUGAUGAAUCAAAACAAAAUCAAUCUGAAAAUUUAAAUAUUGAAGACUCUUUUAUGUCGGAAAUUGAAAUUUCUUCAACCACUUUUACUUCGGUAAUAAAUGAAACGACUGAUGAAAUAUCAUUUUUAGACAUUCAGGAUCGGAAUGGCAGUACCACACUCAAAAUUUCUACAGAAUUUGAUGAUUUUGAUGAAGUAACCGACAAUUUUAAGGUGGAUCCAUUGGAUAUGAUCCAAAUUGAAAAACCUAACAAGACAACUGAUUAUGACAGCGAACCAAUGACUGACGGUUUUGAAGAAAUUGACAGUGAAUUUGUCACUUCUUCCGAGCCAACCACUUUUCGGUUUGAAGAAUCUCCAAAAGAAAUCGAUACUAAAACAACGUUAGACUUGGACUUUGGCCUUCUAGAAGAAAAUUCUUCUACUACUGAAAGUUUUCAUACAGUUUCCGACGAAUUAUUUGAUCAAGGGGAGGUGACUUCUUCUACCGAUAGUUGGAAACAAAAAGUUGUCACUGAUACUUUCAGUAUUGAUUUGAGCGAAGAUUUCAUAGAUCAGUUGAACGUUACUUCUGAAGGUUUUAAUACUGCAACCGAAAAUUUUGAGAACAUUUCUGACGGAACUGAAGGUUUUGAAAAUAUCGACCAAUAUUCGUCCACAAGUGUUCCAGUUUUUGAUGAGUUCUUGGAAAUUUCUUCAACCUCCUCUGAUAGCUUAAAUGAAGAUCAGCCUGGAGAACGAUCUAAUGACAAUAUUCAACCUGGAAUCAAAACGGUGCUUUCAAAUUACACAACCGAUGUCGAAAUCACUUAUAGUGGAAAAUGUGUUGUUACAACAACAACAACAACUGUUUCCAUCACUACACCACCUCAGAAUUCAACUACUGAAGAUUGUCAAAUUCAAGAUCCAUUAACAGAAGGUCCUAUGACAGAAGAACUUCCACAGGCCCGAAAACCUACCAAAGAAGAACUUACAACGACUUCAAAAACACCAUUAAAAGAACAUCCAUUGGACGAUCCAAGCAGCAAGGAAAAUAUGCUUGAUGAAGAAAAGGCUUCAAAACUUACAACAACAACGCUUACAUCAGUUCAGAAAAAAUGGCUAGAAACAUUCAAAGAAGGAUCGAAAGACGCCUCGAAAAAUUUGACAGAAAUUACAAAUACCAAUUCGGAACUAAUUGAUACAUUUGGGGAAACAGAUGACAUGAAUGUUCAUAAAUUUGGCCCGAAAAUGAAUCCGAAUAAUAUGGCAACGGGAGCGUCUUUUAAAUUUUGUAUACAUAAUUUAGGGAACAAUAAACAGCUUAUGACCCUCUGUGACUACUUGGCAAAGCAAACUCGAAGUAAAGUGACCUCUAGUCCAGAACAAAGUGAAGACAUUACCCCUUCACCAAACAUCCAAUUUACUAGCCGAGGUCCUGGUUUUCCCGUAACUGGUGAAACAAUGAAAGCUUCAGCACAAUUUUUCAUCAAUCCUAACUUUGGUGUUCCGUCAAUCCCGGUUUGCUUUUACAUUACCCCAGCAAGUUUUCGAAUGAUGAUGCAACCAUUCUGGUCUCCAUUCUUUGGAAUGCAAGGCUUAGGUGGUGGUGGAAAUACUGGUGGCUCAGGAAAUUCUGGUAAUGGUGGAGUAUUUAUUGUACCACCUUCAUUUGGUAACAUGCAAAAUAGUGGAAAUUUCUUUGGUCAUACCAGUCCAUCGGGAAGCGGAUCCCAGGGCAACAUUCCGAAUAUAUUCUCCAAGAGUGCCUCAUCUCAACAACAACAACAAAAACAACAACAAUUCUUCUGCACUUACAUGCAAAAUUCUGGUAAACAGUCAGGAUCAGUUGUUAACAAUCGAGGCUUCAAUAGUAUCAAUUUCAAGCUGCGAAAUUCUUCAGGAAAUGUUUCCUCACCUUCGGACAUUAUCUAUUCCUCGUAUUGGAAUAAACUACCAGGAUAUCAUGGAUCUAAUUUGGGUCAAGCAGAUCGCUUUCAGUGUCCAAUUGAUGGAGAUGUUCCCUGUUAUGGUGGACAUGAGUGUGUUCCGGAGAAGAAAUGGUGUGACGGAACUGUGGACUGCUCCGAUGGCAGUGAUGAAGCAGCUUGUACCUGUCGGAAUAGAAUUCUACAAAACAGAAUUUGUGAUGGAUAUCAAGAUUGUCCACUGGGAGAAGAUGAGAUUGGUUGUUUUGGUUGUGAGAACUUUAUGUACUCUUGCUAUGAUAAUGAAGAAGAAUUCCAAAGAGCCAAUCGGUCUACACUUGCUAUGUGUUACAGUUCUGCAGAACGGUGCGAUGGAGUAAGGAACUGCAUCAAUGGCAGGGAUGAAAUGGGGUGUAACUUAAUAGUUGGUGAUCUAACUCACCAUAUGUCCCAUGCAGCAUCCGGAUCAUCUGGUUUUCUCUACCGCAACUAUCAUGGAGAGUGGUACCCUGUAUGCAACAAUGCCCACCGAUGGGCUCGGGAAGCCUGUUCCGAAGAACUUGGCGUUCUUGCUGAAGACCCAAGUAUCACCUUCCAAGAAGUCGAAGUACCAGGUCCGUUCAUUGAAUCUCACCACAGUGGUGGAUCUCAAUUCUCGGACUCCUGUCAAAAACGAGAUGGAGAUAAACUGAGCGAUAUCGCUGCUCAUGUCAUGUGUCCACAACCCAAAUGCGGUAUUAUUCAAGAAUUGACUUCACCAUUGAUGCGAUCCAGACGUCGUCGUCGACGUCGCCAUAUCUCUGAAUCUCUAACUGAUGAAAGCCGCAUUGUUGGAGGAACUUACAGUGAGCCACUUCAAUGGCCAUUUGUUGUGGCAGUCUAUCGAAAUGGAGACUUCCAUUGUGGAGGAACUAUUUUCUCCGAACAAUGGAUUAUCACAGCUGCCCACUGCACCAUCAAAUUUGAAAAUUAUUUCUACGAAGUACGUGCAGGAAUGCUGCGUCGUUCGAGCUUCUCCUCGUCGACACAGAUCCAUCAUGUCACACAUGUGGUCGUCCAUCAGAUGUAUGAACGUCGAACUAUGAAAAAUGACUUGGCCCUGCUGCGGAUAGAUACCCCUCUGCGGUUUAACAGGUGGGUAAAGCCAAUUUGCCUACCAGACUUGGGACGAACGACAAUGGGCUCUGAUUGGAUUUGGGGACCAGAAGUCAACACCAUUUGCACCGUAGUCGGAUGGGGUGCUGUACGAGAAAAAGGACCUGGAAGUGACCGCUUGAAAGAAGUCCAACUGCCAAUUCGCAGACGAUGCACCGAGAAAGAUGACCAAGAGGCCGAAGAUAUAUGUGCGGGCGAGGCAGUCGGCGGAAGGGAUGCCUGCCAAGGUGAUUCAGGUGGGCCACUUUUCUGCCGCAGUGUGUCCAAUAACAAUGAAUGGUAUCUGGCUGGGGUGGUUAGUCAUGGCAACGGAUGUGCUCGAGCUAGUGAGUUCGGCGUCUACACCCGAGUUGCAUUGUAUCUAGAUUGGAUUGCGAUGGCCAUGAAGCCGGAGUUCCUUCCAAAGGUGCAACCGAAACAAUUGUGUCCUGGUUAUGUUUGCAUUUGGGGUGGCAAACGUUGCUUACACCAGUCGAAGAGAUGUGAUCGUCUGGUAGAUUGUUUAGGCGGUGAGGAUGAAGUUGGUUGCAUUUACAAUUACAUUCCGGAUGUUGGUGCUGGUGUUGGUACUGGACGAAAUGCAUCAACGACUUUAGUUGAUGUGAUGGAUGAGGCAGAUCAAGAUGGAACCGCCACAACAACAGAGACUGAUGGCCGAAUUGAUGGGAAAAAUUUCAAUGGUGCAACUGACACAGAACCAUCAUCGUUGGAAAUGCCAGACGAUAAUAUGGCCAUCGAAUCAACUGAUGAUGAUGAGGAUGAAACAACAAAUUCACCCUCCUCAACUUUGUUAGUUGAGACGAUAAGCGAAAAAGUCGUUACUAUUGUAGAGAAUAGUGAGAGUGUUGGAACUUCAGUAGACCCAAUUACCGAACUGAAUCCUUUGUUGUUUUCUCCUUCGACAUUCUUCCCGAUAUCGUCCGAGACUGACCAAUCUAAGUUGAAAGGUUUGGCAGUUAAAUUUUUAGAUACAAUCGAAUUGCAAAUUGCAACAACUGCUGCUAGUACUGAGGGUUUGGAUGCAAAUACGAGUCCACUCACAACAUCAAGUAGUGGUGUCACUUCGAUAACUGGAUUUGGAGAUUUUCAAGCUGAUUUGGGUGGUGGCGGCGGUGAAGUUAGUUCGGAGAGUUCGACAGCGGUGCAUAAGCGAGAAAAUGCUACGGAAAAGGAAACUGCACCGGCUCCUACUCCGGCAUUGAAACUCAAAACCAUGCCAAAGAAAAUUGCCCAGAAAUUCGUAUGUGAAAAGAUUCCACAAAUCAUUGAUAUUGGCAAUAGAUGUGACAGAAUCGCUGACUGUGAAGAUGGAACGGAUGAGGAUGGAUGCACUUGCCGGCAGUAUUUGAAAGGUCCACUUAACAUACUCAUAUGUGACGGAAAGAUAGACUGUGAAGACUUUACAGACGAAGAUGACUGUGGAAAUUGUACUUCGACACAAUUCCCCUGCCCUCUAUCAAAAACUUGUAUUAACUCUACAAGUCGAUGUGAUGAUAUCGUUGAUUGUCAAUUCAAGGAAGAUGAAAAAGAUUGCUUUGCCCUAACAAACGGACGUGAAAUUCAUCUCGAUUCCCUCAAACAACCAAAACUUCAAAGUGCCGGAAUUUUCUCUCGCAAUUUCAAUGGUCAAUGGCGUGUUGUAUGCUCACACGAAACCGAUUAUCAUGAACAUGUUGCCAAAACAGCCGAAGAAGUCUGUUCUCUACUCGGUUUCAAAGGAGCCCAAUUCCAUAAUACAACUGAAAUAACCCAAGCUACAAUAGUUCCCAUCGAUCCUGACCUUGUUCAAAUGGAAUUCCCAAAAAGUCGCCAUGCAGUUGGUGACAGUGGACACUUUUCAAAACAUUCAACUCAUCAUUUAACUAUGAAAUUACCACCAGUUUCACCACGAAGUGAACGACUUGAAAAAUCAUCCAUCGGAAAUUGUCAAGGUUUAUUUAUUGAAUGUGUUCCGAAAUCAAACGGAAGUAGACCUUUGAAAACUUUAACUCCCGGAAAUGAAAUUAUUCCGAAAACUUUAGAUAUUCCCGGAUUCAAACCUUCAUCAAAUAAAAAUCCAACAACUAUUUCGGAGCUAUUUGCGGAUAAGAAAGAUGAAAUUUUGGAUAAAUUAAAUAAACUUAUCGACAAAAAGAAAACGGUUCUUGUACAUGAUAAAUUGCACGAAGGUGUGGAGAAAGAACAUUGGCCAUGGUUGGUUAGUGUAUAUGCUAAUGGUGAAUUAUGGUGUAUUGGUGUUUUGGUGGAUAAACAUUGGGUUCUUGUACAUGAAUCUUGUUAUAUUGGUGUAAGCCUCGAUACGGACUAUGUAACCGUUCUACUUGGUGGUGGCAAAAGUAAACAAACCCUCCACAAAAGUCCCCACGAGCAGAUUAAACGAGUUGACUGCUUCGAUACUGUCGACAACAGCGAUGUAAUGCUAUUGCACCUGGAUAAUGCCGCCCAUUUUACCCGCCAUGUGCUGCCGACUUUCCUACCGGAUAUGAUAUUGACAGAAAAGGAUAAAGGAAAAUCUUCGAACAAGUGUAUGUCAGUGAUGCAUGAUAAAUUUGGUGGGAUUAAGGUAACUCCGACAAUGGACAAGCUAGAGGCGACAAUAUGUAGCAAGGAUAAUGAACUAUCUUGCUAUCAAUGGGAUCCAAAAGCUAUUGUCGACUUCAAAUUGAAGCACUUUGGGAAGGACGAUGAUGGAGAUGAAGAAAAACAAGUAACAUCAUCGAGGACGAAGACGACGCACGGAGAUCCAGAUGGAGAUGAAAAAAGUUUAUUGGACUUUUGCAAGGACCUUCACGAAGACAGUCUAAGUUAUCCUUACAAUCAAGGAGUUAUAGUUUGUCGAGAGGAAAAUACUGGGUGGUAUCCAAUGGCAUACUACACAUUCAAUGCAAGCGAAUGCAAUAAUUUGAAGAAACCUUUUGCAGUAAGGACAUUGGAUAAAGUCUACAGUUUUAUACAGGAUAUCAUUGAUCAGCCAAAAUGUAAAAAUAGUGAACCAAGACCCCGACCGCAUUGUCCAUCAUUACGAUGUCCUUUGGGCAAUUGCCUGCUGCCCGACCAGAUGUGCAAUGGUAAGGUCGACUGUCAUGAUGGAAGUGAUGAGGAAACCGAAUUCUGUCGACUUCAUAGGAAUGAAUGUAAGGCAUCAGAGCUUAAGUGUCGUUCGAGCGGUAAAUGUAUUCCAAAGACGAAGUUCUGUGACGACAUAUCGGAUUGUGAAGACUUGACCGAUGAGCCAACAAUUUGUUCUUGCUUCACGUAUUUACAGGCUACAGAUCCAAGUAAGAUAUGCGAUGGCAUACGAAACUGUUGGGACAAAAGCGACGAGAGCUCAGUGCUGUGCAAUUGUACAUCAGAUCGAUUCCCAUGCGGAAGUUCCCGCAGUGAAUGCAUCCCCAGGGAUUUUGUAUGUGACAAGGAACCCGAUUGUCCAAAUGGUGAGGACGAACGAUACUGCUAUGGCAUUGAGCAACCAAUUAAGUCCUACAGCUCAAAGCCUCAACCACCAGCCGCCCAUACAUCAGGCUAUGGCCAGGUGACUGAACAAUCCUAUGGAGUAUGGCACACCAAAUGCUUUCCACGUCACCGACCCCCAGAUAGCAAUGAAGUAGCCGAAAUAUGUCGAAAACUGGGCUACAACAACUGGCGACCACCCAGCUAUCGACUAAUCGAUGACAAUGCUGACAUAGUGGCAGCUACUCAUGUCGAAGAUGGUGGUUUCACAAAAUCACCUGGAAAGUAUCGAGAUGCUACCAAAGCAGUGGUAAUUAAUAAAUUCUCACCGCUCCAUUUGAACGAAGACUUGACCCUGAUAAUGAAACCAAGUCGACCAAUUGCCCAGUUGGUCAAGUGGAAUCAAACCGAUUCGAGCAAUUGCUAUCGGCUGGAAGUAAAAUGCAAUUGAGUGCGUGAUAAUGUAAAACAAAUGAGGGAGAGAGAGAAUAUCAAUACCUUAAAGGCUAUUUACUCAAUUUGCCACACCAUCAAGCAAUGUUGUAUACUCGUAGGUGUGGACAAUUAUUUUUUGUAUGUGUAAGACUAGAAAAUAUUUAUUUUUUGUACCUACUUUUUUAU